AUGAACUAUCCAAAAUAUAAUGGAAAUAUUCAUCCAGAUGAAUGGAUAAAUGAUAUUCACAAUUCUUUUAAUUAUAACUGUAAAACUUCAUAUAGUAAUUUUUUACCUUAUGCAAUUUCAUUAAUAAAUGCUACCAUUAAACUCCCAAGUGGAAUUGAUAGUUUGGAAAAACUUCGUAAUGCACUUAAGGAGGAUAUUUCCUAUACAGUAUUCAAGAAUACAAAUAAAAGGAAAUUGCAAUUAUUAAGAUAUAUUACAGAGAUAGAAGGCGGCGAAACCUCAAAAUUUAUUUCUAAUUUUCGCCAAUUAU